AUAAUGGAUAAUAUAUAAGAAAAUUGUAUAUAAUCUAUGGAAUUAAUUAGAUUAUCUUGUGAAAACCAUUUUUAUUAAAUGCAAGAUUUUAUGAGAGUAUAAAUUGAUAUUAAUGGCGAAAUAAAGACUAAUUCUAUAAACAUAUUAAUAUUUUUAGCAGAUAUAUUUGAGAAAUAUUAUAAAAUAAUGAAUGAGACUAAUUUUAAUUUUGGACUUUAAGUUCUUCAUACAUUAAUAGAAUUAAUAUAAGGUCCUUGUAUAGAGAAUUAAAAUGUUCUUUGUCAUACUAAAUUAUUGGAAAAUUUAGAGGAUAUUAUUGGUGAUUUUAUAGGCAAAAGUUAAAGGUUUACUUAGAAAAAGUUGCUUAACUAGAGGAUUUUUACAUAAUUUUCAAGGAAAGUUUUACUGACUAUUAGAAGUCUUUUUGUUGCGAAUUAAGAUAAAUAUAUCAUAAGGAAAAUUGCUUAAUAAGUAGAUGGUAAAGACUAUGUUUUGAAGAUGAAUUAAUCUUAUAAAUAAUAUUUAUAAACUUAUUAAAAAAUACGAAAUAAGCAUGAAGGGUUAAAAAAAUCAUUUUAAAUUUCUAAAAAUGAGAAACUUAUUGAAUAUGUACUUAAUAGAGAUGAUAAAAACGAAGAAAAUUCAAAUUUAGAAUAUAAUGAAGGCUUUGGCGAAUUUUAAGAUUAAAAUUUAGUAAAAAGUAAUUAAAAAAUAUAAGAUUUUGAUAAAAAUAAUAAUAAUUCUUUGCAUAUAAGCAAGAUUAGUGCUAAUUAGAAAAAAUGCUUCGAAAACGAAAGAGGAUUAAGCUUUAAAGAAUAAAAUCUUAUAUAUUUUAUAAGGGCUGAUGAAUAUAUUAAUGAGGGAUUUGAUUGUUAUAUUUUGCUUAAAAAUUUGUAAUUUUUAGACUAGAAUUUUAAAAAUGCAUAUAAUUUGAUAAAAUAAAAAAUUGUAAAUUAUUAAUAUAAAUAAAAAUAUUUAAUUAUAAUAUAUACAUAUAAAGAUCUAAAAUAAUGCUUAAAUUUUUUCAAAUAAAAUACUUUAUCUAUAGAGAUAAUUAAUUAAUAAGGAAAUUUAUAGAAAAUAUAUUUCCGAAAACCUAAAUUGAUAAAGUAUUUUUCAACUACUUCUAAAUAAAGGUUUCUUCACUUAUGCGAUAGAGAAACUGCAAAUUAGAAAAUAUAAGGUUUAUUAAGAUAAUAUCCUUCAUUUCUAGACGAAAUGAAUCACUUUUUGUUUUUGAAUUCUAAAGGAUUAUUUUUUAAUUUGACUUAUUUAUCCCGAAUUAGAAAUUUUAACUUAAUUAUUAUUUUAAUUAUUAAUUUAAUUUUUUUAUAAUUUUUUUAGCUUUCAAUCAGUGUAAUUAUUUUUAUUAUUUGGGUAGUAUUUUAGUUUCCUCUUGAAUAUAAAAGUAUAAUAAGAAUUUAUACACAAAAAUAACAUGAUACUAAAAAAAAAUUGUAAGAAAAAAGUGAAUUAAGGAAAAAAUCAGGGAUAUAAAAACAAAUAAAUAAAUUAGCAAUAUUAAUAAAGAAAUUUUUUUAUAUAAUGAAUGAUUUUUUAUUUAGUAGUCAUUUAUUGUAUUUAAUAAUAUCUAUAUUAUUUAGUGUUUUAGGAAUAUCUUCUAGUCCGUUAUUCUUUUGUUUAUUAUUAUUAGAUAUAAUAGAUCGUUCUGUUGUCUUAAGAAAUGUUAUAAAAUCAAUUACAUUAAAUUCUGUAUCUUUAAUUAUGACAGCAAUUUUAGGAAUAGUUAUAGUUUAUAUAUAUGCAAUAGCAGGAUUUUUCAAUAGUGAUUUGAAAAAUUCAUUUGUUUUUAAAGGAAAUAAUGACGAUAUGAAAGUAUGUGAAACACCAAUUGAUUGCUUUAUUUUAUUUUUAAAUUUAGGAUUAAGAAGUGGAGGUGGAAUAGGAGAUGCUUUUUAUAAUGAUUAGAAGAAUAGAUGUUUUAUUUGUAAUUAAGAAAGAUCUGAUUUUGAAAAUGAUGGUAUUAAUUUUAAAAAACAUACAGAAUAAGAACACCAUAUAUGGAAUUAUUUAGCAUAUAUUAUUUUAAUUGAUAAAAAAGAUUUAAAUGAAUAUGAUGCUGUUGAGUCUUAUAUUAAAUAAUUAAUUGUUUAAUAAGAUGUUUCUUGGUUUCCUAUUGGAAAAUCUUUAUCUUUAUAAAAAGUAUAAUUAAAAUAAUAAGAAGAAGAUAAUAUUGUCAAAAAUUAAAAAGAAUUUUUGGAAAAAAAUAAAAAAAUUAAUAAUUUAUGA